AUGGCUAUGUCAUGUGAGACCAUUUCUCUACAGCACCUGCACUUUGUGACAGCAUGUUAUUCUGUUGACAGGCAACAACCUGGUCGAAUGCCACCUCUGCCUCCACUGUGGAGGGGUGGCGACCGAAGAGAUAGUGGCAAGGAGUAUCUUUUGGAUAAACACAUGGAGAACCAUGGAAUUGUCUUGCCGGUUGCUCAAAGUUUGGAUCCAGGUGAAAUUAUCACAGCAUUAGGCAGUACGGAUAGCUGCAGGCACUUGUCUACUAGGUUGGGUUCCCUUGUGCUGUUUAUGGUAAAAAUGGCUCUUGUUUCGAUUAAAUGUGCAUAUAUACUUUCUGUUGUGGCAUUAUGUGAAAUUACUAGAUUUCAAAACAACAUCAAGAAGUAUACUUUCUUGCCAGGGAUGCCUCAACAGGAACCUGUGCAGUCAGACAUGAAGCGGGCUGAAUGA